AUGGCUGCGGCAAGCACACUCAGUUACUUCACGGCGGCGGGUGUGACCCCGCUGGUUGUCGUCGCCGCAGUCGUUGUAUAUGUCGUAUACUCUUUUGUCCAGUAUGCUCAACUCCGGGCCUUCAAAGGCCCAAAGUGGGCUGCGAUCUCGAAGCUGUGGCUGCUCAAUUGCGUCCAGAGCGGGAAGAUGCAUCACAUUUUCCAUGACAUCAGCACAAAAUACGGGAAAUUUGCUCGAAUUGGGCCGACGACUCUCCUUGUCGCAGACGUGGAGUUUCUUCGCAAAGUGAAUGCUCCCAAGAGCAAGUACCAUCGCUCAGAUUGGUACAAGGGAUCUCGGUUCACUCCAAAUGAGGACACUCUAAUCAGCAUGACCGACGAGGUCGAGCACAAGUCUUUGAGAUCAAGGAUGAUGGCGGGAUACAACCUGAAAAAGGAGAACGAGCGAUGCGAGAGUGCCAUCAAUGGCCAACUCGGCGUCAUGCUUGAUCUCAUUGAGUCAAAGUACCUGUCAGACCCCAGCAGUGGCAAAGUUCGGCCUUUGGACUGGGGAUACCUGGCGAGCUACUUCUCCAUUGACUCAAUCACCGACAUCUCCUUUAGCCAGCCCCUUGGCGAUCUCAAAGAAGACAAGGACAAAUGGAACUUCCUGCACAACACUGAGGACAACCUCAAGCCCAUGUCAUUCUUUACCAUCUACCCUGAGAUUCUCAACAUCAUUCCGACAACACUCAUGGUGAAGUUUCUUGCACCUCAUCCGGAUGACAACAGCCCUUUCGGCAUGGUCAUGGGUUUUGCGCGGAAGUGCGCCCGUGAGCGCUAUGGACCGAACAAAGUCGAGAAGAAUGACAUGCUUGGUGUCUUCGUCCGCCAGGGUAUGACGCAACACGAAGCAGAGCGAACCGGCCUGCUCCAACUUGUUGCUGGCUCGGACACUGUUGCGACUUCGCUGCGAGCGGCCAUUCUCUACAUCGCGAGUGACCCGUCAAUUGUGCGCCGGAUCCGUGCUGAACUUGCCUCUGCUGGCGUCUCCCCAAGCCGUCCCACCUCUGAGAUCAUCAGCUACAGCGAGGCGCGAAAUAUCAAGUAUCUCAUCGCCGUGGUUCGUGAGGUGUUGCGCAUCCACCCCCCUGCUAUCGCAACGAUGGAGAAGCAGUUGGGUAACGAGGACGAUGUCCUUCCCGACGGGCGCGUCAUCCCUGCCAGGACCAUCAUCGCCCUCUCGUUGACGACCAUCCUUCGGGAUCCGGAGGUCUUUGGCCCUGAUGCGGAGCUCUUCCGGCCCGAGCGUUGGCUCGAAGACAUGGACGACGAGAGGAGAAAGAAGAUGGAUAGGGCCCAUGAGCUGAUCUUUGGCUCGGGACGGUUCAUCUGCCUGGGUCGCGAAAUUGCGAUGAUGCACAUUGUCAAGGUGGUUUCGGAGAUCUUUUACCGAUACGAUGUCAACAUCAUGACCCCCGAAAAGCCAUGGCACAGCCUGGCGUUCGGCAUCUUUGUACAGCACGACCAGUGGGUGAAGGUGACCAAGCGAGAUCUUAGCCGCGAGGGGGUUCCGCUGUCUAUUGGGGUGACAGAGAAUGGAAAGGCGAACGGCGGUUUGGUGGAAGAGGCCCCGGUGCAGGUCGCCGUCUCGAGCCAGUAG